UUGAUUUAAUGCAAAAAUCAAGUCUUUGUACUGAUGAUGCUACUCUUGAUACUUAAUGGUACAUAUAUGAUUUAAACUUUCACGAUCUCUGAUAAGAUGCAUAAAUGAUACUUUAGGGUGAAGAUAUAAAGAUAGUUCUAAUAUUGUUAUACAAAAUAUAACAGCUAUAACUUUUCGGAAAGAUAGAUAAACACUUUUAAAAGUGACUGAUCAUUCAGUUCUAUUUUUAAAAAAAUAUGGGUUUUAGUCAUAUCAUGUUAGAUAUUAUAUUAGGAAUAUUUAUUUGCUUAAAACGCUUUCUUAAGUCAGUUUUUUUGGUGUGUUCGUGGCCGAGUGGUUUAUGUCGUUGGCUUCAAACCACUCCGCCCUCACUGCUUUGGGCUUUUAUCCCAACAAACACUUUAGAUACUUUCAUGUGCUGAAGUUAACCAGCUUACGGAAAACCAGUGGUUUGUGCCUGAAAUAAUGUAUAAAAUGGCACUUGAGGUCUUCUACCACCAGUUAAACUGGAAAGUCGCCAUAUGACCUAUACUGAAUAAAAUUAUCACAAAAAGCUAUACAAAAUAUACAAAAUAUAAAAAAAUACAACAUACUUUGACAUAUCAUUUUUUCAAUAAUAGGAUAAUUAUAUCUUAAACAUUUGAAGAUUUACUUUGACAUCUAUACAUGUAUUUUAGAAUUAUCUUCUUAACACACAGCAGUUAUAAUACCCGACAUUAAAUCAUAGUAAGACAGUCAGCGUUGUUUUCAUACAUUCUAACUUCAUCAUAAUCUAAUUUAUUGUUUAUCAAAAUAGUUUUAUAUAGAUACAUUCAAGAAUUAUUAAUGAUUUUUUAUUGCAAAUAUUCUCCUGCUUAGCUAAAUAGGGAGAGUAUUGGAUUAUGGGUAGCUAGUGAGGCGAAAUUACUAGGUUGAUGCAACGUAAAACCCAACAAAAAAUAAUUAAAAAAAAAUACAAUAAUUUUAUAAAACAAAAAACAAUUUGCCUACACAGUAUUAUGGGAAGAGAUCAAUCAUAUUUACUUUUACCUGACAUUAUCUUUAGUGCUUUCUUUAUGAAUACAGAGGUGUCAAACAAGAUUUGGUAUAAUGCUACGUCAAAAACUCACAAAGGAAAUACGCCAAACGUUUGAAUAGAAAAUCCACAAUAUUCGUGUACGAAAUUCACCUAUGUGGUAUUACUCUAAAAAUCCUCUGAUUAAAGUUAUUUGAAUUUCUUUCCAGAGAUAAACGCUGUAUACAUUGCAGCUCCAGUUGCCUCUUGUCUUGUUGUUUUGAUGGUGCUUCUUUUAUUUCUUUGGUGGCGACAUAAUAAAUGUAAUCUCUCUGGUACGCUGCGAACACUAAGGAAACGACACCCGGGUACAUUGAUUACAAAUAAGACAUACAAAGCAAGCGGUAUGGGUAGACAUAGGUCCAUGGAUGUAAUACGUCAGUCUGAAGUUAAUGAGUAUGCAGAAAUAUCUUUAGAUAACAUGAAUACUGACAAUCCCAUGGGAGAUGAUUAUCAAGAAAUAAAGGAAACAAAUGAUGAUAAAACUGACAGAAAUAAAUCGUAUGCACAUAUUAAGCUAUCAGACACGGACUUUGUUGGUACGAAUGAUACGAACUACUCUCAUAUAGAUAUUGGAAAGGGGGGAAAUAGCAUACAAUUCGAUAAAACAUACGCACAUUCAAACGCAGUUGAUGCGUCAAAUAAACCUGAAAUGAGCUGGAAGGAUAAUUUCGAGACAUACAACAAGUUGAACACUGUGAUUCUGACGGAGAAAAGAGUACAAGACGGCGAAGACACUGACACAGAGUAUAACCAUGCUCAUUCCGGAGGUCAAGAUCCAAAAUAUGAAGAGAACAACUAUUCGCAUCUGGCUUGUGAAGCUACCUCGAAGUCGGCAUCACAAGAAUCUGAAGAAUCUGCUGAUAGUAACAAAUACGAAGACAGAAACAAAACCAGUGCAAACAAAAACAUUACUCAGCUAUCCAAAGGCACUUGUCUAGAUACAGAUUAUGAAUUUGCAAAAGAUAAUGACGAUCUUGGUAGCAGUGGAGUGUCUGAAUUUGCGAAGGAAACACACCAGAUAUUUGAUGGAACAAUGCAUGACUAUUUCAUCUUAGUGCCGGACCCAGCAGUAGAUAUGAAAUCCUUUCAUGUUGUUGAAGAUAAACUCGGCGAAAAGGAACAUGAAAACCACGAACAAAAGAAUCAUGAUUAUUUCGUAUUGGAGAAAACUGAUGCAUUAACUCAUUAAAUAAAAAGUUUUAUAUUAUCUGCUUAACAGAAUUAUAAUGUAGAUUAAUGUGGAAUAAAAUAGGGUCUCGUUUAAGCAUAAAAGUGUUAAUUGAUAUUGAUCUGGUGUGCUAAAUGAACUAUACGGUCAACAUUUAAGUAACUUUAUCAUUAUUAAAUUUAUAUUCUUAUAGAAUACAAGUAUAUAAUGACAUGCCUGGUUAUUCAAUCAUAAGACAUUACGUGUAUAUAAAGAAUUUAUCACUUUACGGAUUUUAUUGUCAUAUUUGAAGCGAAAUAAAGUAGUGUUAUUUGUAAAUAAAAAAAUCACCAUCAGCAGAAGUGUGUAAUCUGUAAGUUAGUUCUCUAUUAAAACAUUAUUAUAAUAUAAACGUGAGUUUUUGAAAAUCUUAUUCACAUUUAUCAAUAGGACGUAAGUAUCGGCCUGUGUGUCAGUGUUAGUUUAUAAUCAUAUUUUACUUCGUACAUCGAAAUCCUUCCGUUAAAUAUAGUUUCAUUAGAUGACAUUGUAUGAUUUAAUGUAAUAAACCUAUUACGUAAUUAUUUGCAUAUCAAAUGUUUCAUUGAAAGAUUGGCUGUCGUAAAAAGAUUUUUUGGGUGUUUAAUCUCCCUCCCUUGAACCCUCUCCCUAUUAUUGUUCCGUACCCUGCUGAAUGCUGAGUGUCUUGCUGAUGAGCAUGUGUGGCUGGGUCGGAAGUCGGAAGCUACGUUCUCCUUUCAACGUCGCCAUACCUUGUUGAUCUUUGUACUCAUUUUACUUUCAAAGGUCACAAGAAGCUCAAGAUUUAAUACUUCAUAAAAAUCAUUUUAAAUAGUUCUUUAUUAAAUGACACAGAUGAUAAGAUAGAAAUCGACCUAAAUUGUCACGUCAUUUAUGACGAUUUCUUUGCUUAGUUUUGAUAUUUCGAUUUUCGUUGUUUUAAUGCAGCAUGCCUCCAGAUUGAUCCUAACUUUCAUGAAAAUUUUGAAAAUGUUUAAGAAGUAAAAUAUUAUGAAGUAAACAAAGAAAGUAAUUUUCAAAUUGCAAACAGCACUUACAGUCCAUGGAAAUUACUAAAAAGAGGUCAAAAUAUGCAAAAUUAAUCGUUACUGCGUUAGUAACGCAGUAAAAAUUUGGUGAUAAAUACUGCAAAAUCAGUCAUGUAUCGCACAAAACAUAUUAAUUAUUAUUUGAAUAUUGAAUCUUUUUAAAUAAACAGUUGAAUUAUGUUAAGUGACAAAAUAAAUUAUAAAUUGUCCACUUCUGUCGGAUUUCACUGAUGGAAUGUCAAUUAUUUGGAUCACGUUCAAGUUUAGCAUCCUCACUAAUUGUAUGAGGCUCAUAUAUUGCAAUCAAUACAGAGUUGAUCUUGAAGACAGUGUUAUGAUGAUAAUAAAAUAAAGCUAUAAUCAUGCAUGUGAAAGUUAAGAAUGUAAACUAUGAUUAAAAAAAUGUUUGUGGUGCUGCAUGUCAAAAUUCAAUUGAACAGUAUUUAGCUGUGAAAUAGUGUAAAAUAGAAAAAAAAGUUUGUAUAGUUCAUGUAAUUAUUUUUGUUCUUCGACUCUUACUUCAAAAUAUAUUAUGUUCAUCUUUGGGGACACAUAUUUUUAUCGCGGAUAUCUAAUAAAAUGUAUGAAAUUCUCACUCAAUAUGUCUCAUUUGAAUAAAAGAAUGUACGGCUAAUCUCAGCUAUUAUU